CUUUCUGUUUUGAUAAAAAUAUUAUUGAGAAUGAUAAUUAUAUCACCGGAACUGCGUUAUACCGAAUAAACAAUGAUAGUAAUAAAUUUAGAGAAAUUGUCUUCAAAGGUUUUAGUAAAAAUCCUAAUUCAUUAGUUACUUCAUUCGAAAAAAAUUCUAUUGUCUUGAUGGUUACUAUAGUUCAGUCCGUUCCUGUGUCUUACUCUGAUGAUGAAUACACUCUUACUCCAGAAGAUCUCCCAAAAUCAUCUUCUUUAUUACUUUUCUCAGCUUCUGUAAUACCAAAUUCAUAUAUCUCUGACAAUAACGGUG